AUGUCUGACUUUUACGUCCGAUACUACACCGGACACCAGGGCAGACACGGUCAUGAGUUUCUCGAGUUCGAAUACUCCCGAGGUCGAUUGCGCUAUGCCAACAACUCCAACUAUCGCAAUGACAGUCUAAUCCGCAAAGAGAUGUGGAUCAGCCCGCUCAUGGUAGACGAGUUACGGCGAAUCGUAGAAGAGUCCGAGAUCAUGAGGGAAGACGAUGCCAAUUGGCCCAAGAGGAAUUCUACAGGUCGACAGGAGCUCGAAGUGAGGUUGGGUAAGGAACACAUAUCGUUUGAGACGGCCAAGAUUGGCUCAUUGGUAGAAGUGCAAGACAGCGAAGAUCCAGAAGGUCUUCGUGUCAUGUAUUACCUCGUACAGGAUCUAAAGUGUCUUAUUUUCAGUUUGAUCUCUCUGCACUUCAAGAUCAAGCCAAUUGCUUAA